AUGGGUUUAUUAUCGAGGUUCAAACAUUCUUCACCCGCUCCUUCAACUGCAUCAGCAUCAUCAUUGAGACAGCCUCAGCCACGAAAUGAGACAACUUCCACAUCCACGCCAAGACCCACCACACCAACAUCUACCACCCACCUAUCGCCCAAUCUCCAUGACACUCCCUCGUCGUCGAGAUUGGCCAGACCGACAAUCCCACCACCUUCACCAUCUAGUAGCUCAAUAACUUCCAAGUUGGCCAAAUCAUUCAAGAAAGAUAAAUCCAAAGGCAAAGAGAAAGCAAAGGAGAAUUUAAUGACAGGAGUACCAUAUGAGUCUCAUUCACAAGCGUCCUUACCUAUUCCCCCACCUCCGGGAUCAGUUUCGGGAUCGAGGAUAGUAUCUGCUCCUAAUUCACCUUCAAGUACUGAACGAAGACCCCCGAACAGUAGACAGAGAAGAUCGACGUUACUCUCUUUUGAUCCUCCACUCCCUCCUCAACCCAGCUCUCCAUUAGCUACUACGGAUCCUCUAUCUGCCCAUACUCGGUAUCAGGAUGAAGAACAUAUUUUCGAUGAUGAUCACAAUCACGACCAAGUCGAUUCCCCUUCAUCAUCGGCCAGAAGAAAAGAUCGAGUAACCAGCGGACAAUUCAGACAAGUUGGUGGGAUACUGGGUCAACUCAAUUUCGAAGUUGAUCAUGAUCAUGAUCAACCUGGAAAUUCACCUCCUGAAAAAUGGUUGAGAACAAAUGCAAAUGCGUCAAAUAACGAUCCCACACCUACUGUUUUGGCAAGCAACGGCAGAAACGAGAUCAAUGGCGAUUGCGAGGUAGAUGGAGGGGUUAGAGGUAUGACACCUUCAAUCACUGAUGAAUCGAUUGUUAUCGUAAAUAAAGAUGAGAUCAACCAGGAAAAUAAUACCUUCUUGGAGAUCUCUUCAACGGAUUACGAUCGCAAUGACGAAAAUAAGAUUGAAUUGUUGGAGUCAGCAGAAAAGAAAAAUAAGUUUUGGAAGAGACAGAGGAGGUCUAGUACGAGUAAUGCGGUUGCAAAUGAGAUCGAACGUUCAAACUCUCCCACACCUCGCCGUAACUCCCGAAACGACACUUCCCUUGACCUCACAGCCAAUCGUCCAUCCCUGGAUUCCUCCCAACCUGAAGCGGUAGCUCGUCAACCUCGUCCCCAGCAACUCCGCCGACCUUCCUCCUCAUUUUUUCACAAUCCCUUUACUCGUUCGGUAUCACGUACGUCUCUAGCUCUAGAUGAUAAUCCAAAAUCUGACGAUGGGUCAUUCCAGUUAAGAGGUUUCAGACAUGUAUCUGGUAUGAUGGAGGUUGAGGGUGCAGGAGAAUUGGAAAAUUACUUGGCUCACGUUAGAAAGGAGCCUAGAUCAUCUAUAUCUUCGGGUGAUCUGUUAACUUCACCUAUGGUCGGAAACAACGAAAUGCCUUCACCAUCAGCUUUGACUAGUACUAGUCCACCUGUCUCGUACGCCAGUACACCGCGCCAACCGCCUACUUUCCCUUUAUCCAGACCGGCAAGUAUAGCCAAUUCCCUAGGUUCAGCUACUGGGGAUGAGUUCAUAUCAGCUACAAAAGUCAGUGUGGCAGCGUUUAGAAAAGGGAUCAGAAGACCUAGUGAAAAUUUAGUUGCGAUGAGCGAUUCAGGACAUGGUUCAACGACUGCUUUGAGGAACAUAUCAGGUCAACAUUCCCCUUUACAUCCCAUUAAUGGCAAUGGAAGUGGUGGCGGUGAUGGUUCGGACGACGAGGAUGAUGUACCGCUUGGUAUGAUCAAAGGUAAAGAUAUGAUGAGAAGAGAGAAGAGUUCUCUAUCGUUGUCCAGUAUGAGACACAUAGCUACUCCUUCAGUGUCGGAACCGAACGAUAGAAGACCCUCUACGAUGUUCGAUCAUUCGGAAAGGAAAUCUUCAGCUUCUCCGGCCGUCCUCAAUAGACAACUCAGUCCCGAAGUAAUCGAUAGAAAGAAUACACCGAGUCCUAAUCCGAGUGUGAUUGAGAGAAGCUUUACGCCAAGUCCUGAUAUAUCUUCAUCUGAUAUAACACGCAGAGGUAGUCCCGCCUUGGCUAAACCUCAAGAUAUACUUAGAAAAACCAGUCCGAACCCAGCACUCAGCUUUACAGUGCAUAGGCAGAGACAAGGACAUACGAGGAAUGGUCGAGGUUCUGGGGGCAGUAGGUUCGUGGUCAAAAGUACCAGGUUGACCCGAGAUGACUUAUUGCCCAAGAAUGGCGCACAAACGCCAGAUAAUAAGCCUGGAUCACAUAUCUCUUCUACGAGUGGUCCAUCCACACCUAAUCCUCAACAAACGGACCAAUUGAAGAGUAUGCCAGUGGAGCGUGGAGAUGUCGUUUCUUCGCCUGAAGAAAUCGAACCUAUCGAUGGAUACUUCUCACACCUCGCUCCUCUGAUCCAUGACCAACCUGCUCUGUCAACAACGUCGAAUAGAGAUACAUCGCUUUCCCCGGCACGCUCUUCACGGGAAACGCCCAGUCCGACUCGCGCACCUGGUCCGCCCGUUGCUCCCCUUCCUCUGCCGCAGGCUGACGAUGCUUCCACCGCAUCUCUCAAACUCCCUCUUCCGCCUGACCAGAUGCCUGAUACUCCUCCUAAACAACCUACCGAACUUCCUCUUUCCCCUUCCAACAGAAAGAAACUGUCGUUAUUGGAAGAACCCAUGAAAAUCAUUUCUGGGUUAUGGACAUCUCCGACGACAGACGAUGGAUUUGAUCCUGCUUUUGUACUUUCCUCGAUGGACGCUUAUGGAGGAGAUGAGCAGAAAUUAGACGAACCUACGAUGGUCUCUCAACCUACUUUGGCAAAGGUCCAGACUACUGCACCUAUUUCAGAUGUGGAAGAGAAGGUACGGUCGCCUUUAUCUCAAAGAUUGGCAGGCAUAGCUUCAUCUGCAAGUACGAGUAACCUCCCGAAGCCUUCCCUGACCCAUAUCAAGACAAGUGAAGCGGUUAGAGAUGAUGGAUAUUCGACUGAGAAGAUUAAAUCGCCCAUGUCUGAUUCAACUAUAUCACCCAUCACCACUACGACUGGUGUACCAAAAGAGACGUUUCAAUCCAGUUUUGCCCGAGCUAGAAAACCUUCCAACAGGAUGGAAGAUACGGAAGAAAGUGACGAGGAGAGUGAAGACGAGAGUGGGACGGUGGGAAGAUCAAGUACUACUCCGCAAUCGAAAAGCAAACCCAAGACCAAAAAUGGCAGAAAGAGGAAUAGUGUCGAGAGGAAGGUACCUCAUGGACCUAGGAAACCAUCCAUCAAUAAUCGUAAUCGGAAACGUGUUUCUUCAAUGUUUGAUACCAAUCCUUCUGCUGUACAAGCUCGGACGGUGAAUGGGAAUGGGAAUGAGGAUGACGAUAAACCACUUGGACAGGGAAGGAGCGUGAUUGGGAAAUCACCUAGCGUUUCUAAUCUACGGGUAGGUGGUAUGUCUAGGUCUGAAAGUGCUCUUGGUAUCUCUACAAAUUCAAUUAGAAGGGAUAAUUCGCCUGUUGGACAGAGACCCAAGACUCUAAUGGAAUUAGGACCGAUCGUCCAGCCUUUGAAGGAUCGUUCAUCCAACCAUCCUACAUCUCCUAUCACUUCCACUCGACCAAAACCAACACCAAGUUCAUCUUCUUAUGGAAGACCUCCAUUAUCCCACGAUAACGAAAAGAAGAAAUCUACCACCUCAUCCUCCACCAAUGUACCGACGAUGAAGCGGUCUCCUGCUCAGACUUUGAUCAAACUCCCUCCUGAGGUAGAAGAGAAGAGGAAGACUUCGACUGCCAGUCCGGAUAGUUCCCGGUCUGCCACGACGGGUGGAAGUGUCAAUUAUCAGCCUUUGACUCCUAAAGAAUCGGAGAAUAGCCGGUUGGUAAGGGAUCAAAUGCCUCCAAAGGUUAAUAAGCAGCUGAAAUACCAAGAGCCCAAGGUCGACUCGAUCACUACCAAUCAUACCAGACAACGAAGCUAUUCCUCUAUGGGUCAGAAUCAACCUCAAGCCCAAUCCCAAGCUGGUCAGUGGAAUAUGAACAUGGGUUACGAUCACAAUCAGAUGGCUAUGAUGGGUCAAAUGCCUCAAAUGGGUAUGGGAAUGACGAUGCAAGGGAUGGAUCCUGAAGCCAUACGCAACAUGAUGAAACAGCAAUGGCAAAUGCAAUUCAUGGCUGCUGCUCUCCGAGCUUCAGAGGAAGAAUGGGAAAGAGCAUCUUGUGUCUCUGGUCAGACCAACCAUACUUUACCUGCUUCUUUUGGUCAAGCAUCAGGGGGGUACCCUGCACACCAACCCUAUUCAUCUAUGCCACAAAUGGGCUGGGGAGGAAUGAUGGGACAAUUCCCAAUGGUAGGAUAUGGUUAUCCUCAAGGUCAAGGGAUGUUUCCUAAUCCCAAUCAAUUAUACGGAUAUAACAUGCCACCUCAAUCGCCUGGACCCGGAUUCGGUGGAUCUUCCUCUCAAGGAGGGAUGUACUCUUAUGGAACGGGUGGAGGUGCUCAAUCGGUAUUCGGAGGUGAAUUCGGUCCACCGCCCAUCACGCCUUCUCAACGAUUCAUGAACAGUACUCGACCUCAACCGCCAUUGCCUUCGAAUAGUCAACAGGAGAUAGCGAGAAACGCGAGAGGUAGAUAUCACUCCUCAACACAAUCACAUUCGCAAUCGGUUUAUAUACCUUCGAACCUGAGUUCGGGAGUGAACGCCUCGCCUCCUCCGCCUAGUAGUUGGGGGCGACGAACAGGAUCGGGAGAUUGGUCGGAUCUACAGCAGGGACAAGCACAGGGGCAGGGGAAGAAAGUGAGACCACACACUCAAUUUAUCAAUUAA